UAUUCUUUAUUAUUUUACAAUUCGAUACUGAAGAAUGUUGAAUUAUAAGACGAUUAAAUAAAAAUAAUAAUAUUUUAACAGGAAAAUAGACCGAUUUUGUGACAAUUUAAAUAUUCAUUCGUAUGUAGUUAAGUUAAUUUAAAUAAGUAAUCUAAGUAAUUAACUGAUUUAAGAUUUUCACACACGUAGACACAAAUAAUUGUUAAUAAUAUAACUACGCACUACACAUGACGACUACGAAAUUCUUUCGUUAUGACCGCCAUGUACGUAACGAGGUCAUACAUUUUAUUCACAUUUGACAUUGUUCUAAUACUACCACCCAAUUACUCGCUGAAAACCUUUUAAUUACGUAGUGAUUGUAUAAAAACCACUGUUAGCGAGUCCAAGGUAUCAGUCGGCCGUGCUCGGUUUGAAGUGAUCUACUUAGUUUGUCAGACAAACACAGACCACGUUCGCAAUGCAAUCGCUGGUGGUGUUCUUCGCUCUUGCCGCAGUGGCAUGUGCCUCUUACGUUCCGUUGGCGCAGCCUCCGCACCACCCCGCCGUGGUGUUGGACCCUCAUGGAAGGCCUCUGGAUACCGCCGAAGUAAUCAACGCUCGUGCCAUCCACCUGCAAGCUAAAGCCCUGGAGCCACAUGCGGCCAUCGCUGUCGCACCCGUCGCUCACUCCGUCGUGGCCCCCGUCGCCCACUCGUACGUGGCCCCUGCUGUGGUCGCCGCCCCCGCCUCCGCCGUCUCCCAUCAAUCCCGUGUUGAUGUGCGCACCAGCCCCGCUGUCGUCUCCGUGCACGCUGCUCCCCUCGUGGCCGUUCACGGUGCCCGCACCGCUCCUCUGUUGGGACACUCCGCCUUCGGCCUUGCCGGUCACGGACACUACCUGCACAAGCGCUCCCUCGGACACAUCGCCUACAGCGCGCCCAUCGCCGUACACGCUCCCUCCGCCGUGUCCCACCAGUCCCGUGUGGACGUAGUGUCCAGCCCCGCCAUCGUGUCGCACGCCGUGGCCGCUCCCGUGGUCGCCCACGCCGUCGCUGCUCCGGUCGCCAUCGCUCCGGCUGCCGUCUCCCACCAGUCCCGCGUUGACGUGCGCACCAGCCCCGCUGUGUACGCCGCCGCCCCCGUCGCACACUCCGCCGUGUACGCUGCUGCCGCUCCCCUAGCUCACUCCACCGUCUACGCCGCUGCUGCUCCCUUGGCGCACUCUGCCGUCUACGCCGCUGCCGCUCCUCUAGCGCACUCCGCUGUGUACGCCGCCCCCGCCCAUGCUGCCGGCCAUUGGGCUCAUGCCUGGUAAAAGCGAAAACUGACAAACUCCUAAUGUAAUGUGAUAUAAUACUCAAACAAUAUUUAUAAAAUUAUAUAAAAAAAAUCAAAACA